UCAUCAUUAUUAUACGGUUUUCUAGAAACCAUUCCAGAAAUAUCAUGCCUCCUAAGCCCAAGGAAUCAGCAAAAAAGUCGACUCCUCAAGUCACACGACCUGCAAUAAGUGACUCUAGCCUUUUGUAUGUUCCUAGUGACGCAAUAGAAGGUUACCAAGAGCGUAUCGAAACAGGAAUUGAUUGGACUAUUAUAGAAUUAGCAGCACGUCAUCAUAAGCGAUUGUGCCUUAGAGAAAACCUUACGAAAGUUGCUUUUACGGAGGCCCUACAAAGUAAAAUUAAUAAAAGUAUAUUUUGUGGAUUUUUAAAUGAACACUCUAAUAUCAGCCUCGACGAACAAUGGGAACUAAUAUUACCUAUUACUUUAUGGGAUAAUGAAAAAUUUGCAAGUGAGGAAGCUAAAAUUUGCUUUCAUAGCUGCAACAACAUAACAGACAAUAUGGUGAAAUUAAUCAAAAAAGCCGUCCGUUUUGGUGAUAAAAAAGUUUUAAAACAAAACCUAAAAUUAGUACCAGUAUUACGACUGAACGAUGCCCAGAUAACUGACUUAGAUAAUGGCUUAUCAGAUUUUAAAAAUCUUGUCACUUUGAAUUUAUGUGGAAAUUUUCUUUCUAAUUUGGAUUCAAGCUGUAUUCCACGAGGAGUAAGAAUUCUGGAACUUCAAGCAAAUUGUAUUAGAAAUAUAGAAACAUUUUCAGAAUUCCUACCUUUCAAUUUGUCAUAUCUGGGCUUAGCAAGGAAUUUACUAGAUGAUAAUAAUAUUAAAGGUUUAUCACGAAUACCGAAUAUUACAGUAUUAGAUUUAUCUGACAAUGACAUCUACAGUCUAGAAGGAAUAUUAAAUGUCCUAGCAAAGUUGCCAAGUCUCUCCUCGCUAAUGCUUGCCGGAAACCCAUGCUCGAUGUGUUCUGGUUACGCUCGUACAACUUUAAUGAGACUACCUCGUCUGAAAUGGCUGGAUUCACGAGAAAUACUGACAACUGAUAGACCAAUAGAUCCAUUUGAACCACACACCGAUGAUUUACUUUCGACAUAUUUCAACUUCACUGUUUUACGUAUAAUGUCUGUUCCUCAACCGCCAAAACCCGAAAAGGGAGCAAUAACGACAUUCCACGUGGAAUUAGAAUUACCUCUGCUAGACGCAACACGAAGAAGGUUUCUUAUGUUUAGACAACAUGAGUCGCUUACUGAGAGAUUACCACUGCCAGAAGACGAAGAGUGGCCUGUUUCCAAUAUUACAUCAAUGUUCAUUAAAAGUAAAACAACCAUUGAUCCUGAAGUAUCACCUCAUGAAUCUGAUAUUUAUAAGCAUCUGACAACUAAAAAUUCCCAGGAAAUUUGCCAUUUUACUACAUUUGAAAGUAAUAAAAUCCAAUGGAACAAAGUUAUGAAUUUUCAAGAGCCAACAGUGAGAAUUUUCUGUCCUGAUCUUUUGGCUUUGAGGAAUACAUUUAGAACUGUUGUUACAGUGAGAUUAAUUUACUCUGUGAUAAUGCCAAGUAAGCAAAAUAAAAUAGACAAGAAAAGUAGUAAUGCUAUGAAACAACCAAUAGAUCAGAGAAUAACUUUGGCUACAAUAAAAUGUGCUCUGAAACGUCCUGAUUGGAGUCAAAACUCUCAACACUUCCAUUGGGAUGAUUCACUUGGCAACAAUGAUGCUAUACAUUGGGGUGAUGGAGACCUAUCUAUAUUACAAUAUUCUCUAACGCCAACUAAGGCAACUAAAGUCAAAACUGAAACAGAUAUUGGAUCUUCAAAACAACAAUUUCCUGAUAACUUAACUUGUCAAUUUGGUUUUGGAAUCGACUCGAUACGUAUUUAAUGAUUGUCAAAUAUAUAUUUUUA